AUGUACUCCAGAGCUUACAUCUUGCUGCAAAGAGACUGGCUGGAAUUUCAACACAACCCAAUGAAGGGGAUUACUGCUAUUCCCAUAAAUCAUGAUAUGAUGAGUUGGAAAGCUGAGCUCAAAGGACUUCAGAAUUCAAUUUGGGAAGGAUUUGUCUUCGACCUGACAAUAGAUUUUACAGAAGAGUACAACUUUGUUCCUCCAGUUGUGAAAUUUGUAACAAUUCCUUUUCAUCCAAAUGUAGACCCAUCUACCGGUCAGCCCAGCAUAGACUUUUUGGAAAACCAUGAGAUGUGGGACACAAAUUAUACACUAAGCAGCAUCUUGCUUGCUCUACAGGUGUUGCUUUCUAACCCUAUCCUGGAUGCUCCAGUGAAUUUGGAAGCAGCCCGACUCUUGAUGAGAGAUGAGACUGCGUAUCAAGAAGUAACUCAGAAAUUAAUACAGCCAAAAUCACCACAGGCUAGGAGCACAAUAACACAAUGCCCAGAGAGGCCAGAAGAGAGAAAAAGAAUAAUUAAAAAAAUCGCAUUUAGUGAUUACUACAAGAAAUGGUCUGAGGUAGCCACAUCAAAAGCCGCAGAAUACUCCAAAAAUCCAUUUGUUGGAGAUCCAAAUUUCAUGGCACAGUAUCAAAACUGGACGAAUGAGGGACUACAGUAUCGUCAGCGAUGGGGAUCAAAGUAUUGGCUCAAUAAGUACCGGGUUGAUAGAAAAAACAAAUUGCCUCAGCAAAGUGGCUAUCCCUUGGUCAAAGAGAUGGUUGCCGCCUCGUCUUCAAAGAGUCAAUCAGAUAGUUUUGAACCAUCCGAGGAGUGGAAAGCUGAAGAGGGCUCAGCUGCAUCCUGGGAAAACGAAGUGGACAAACUGAUCAACUGGACUGAUGGUCUUAAUGUAAAUUCCUUGGACUAUGAAGAGUAA